GGGGAAAAAACAAAAACAAAACAAACAGAGAAUAACUUUGGAAGUCAGCAGGAUUGCACUAGCGCGGUUUGACGUGCCAUACAUUAGAUCGUCCAACACUCACCCACACACAAACACAUUGCAUUACAACCCCAACCUCCUCUCUUUGCGCUUGACACGGAGCACCCACACACGCGCUACGCUGCUUAAAAAAACAACAACUACAAAACCUUUGUUACCUCGCACACAAGCUCGCCGUUGCAGAGGACGCGCAGAGCUUAAUUUUCACAUAAAAGAAAAGGAAGCAAUCAGUGCUGCGAGUAAUUCGCUGAAGAAAGAAGCCACCGUGAACAGGGAGUGCGACUUGCGGGUUCCUGCAGCGUUGUCCUGCGCAAUAAGGUCCUGCUAUUCCUUUAUAUAUAUGUUGCUCUCCUUUUGUUCUAAUUUCGAGGCAUAUACAUAUCUACUGUUAUUACCUGUCGGAAACUUCACGGGGGUAUUUUGGGGUCUUGACCCCAACCACUUUGCCGAGUUUUUCUUGUUUUUUUUUUUCUCAGCUUUGGCGCAACGUUCACGUAGAAAAGGGUCACCUGCGGCCUAAAAGAAAAUUAUAAUUGGCUCACAUUGGCUUAAACUCUGCCUCCUCCUCUUUUUUUUCUUUCUUCUUUAUAAGUCUUUUCUUCCGCUUUCCAUACUCGCGUACAUCACGUGGUGCUCAUCAACUACACAGUCUUUCUAUUUUCCAUCUUGUCCAUCCGUUCGUACGCGUCGCUCUUUACUCCUUUUUUUUUUGUGUUCUCUUUCUUUUCUACUCACACGCCGUAGCAUCAAGGCGGCAGUGGUAGUCCACUUCUUAUCAUUCCAAGUCGUCAGGUGCAGCAAAGAAGCGCACGUUCCCUGAUGCUUGAGGUGACAAGGAAAGAGCAAGCACUUCUCCAUCAGAGCAAGAAGGAAGAAACGUAAAGGCACCAAAAAUACAUUCGCGACUCCGAAGUAUCACCGUUUCUCUCUCCCCCUUUUCUCCUUUUACGGUUGUGGUAACGCAACAGGAGCGUGUUGAAAGGAGAAGAGAAACUAUCUGCUUCCAAGGAGUACACCACAAUCAGGUCUCUUCCGCCUCCCCCCCCCCCACCAAAGCAAGAAAAAAGAAGAGAGAAAGACCGCAUCGAUAUCCUCUUCCUUUGCGUGAUUGAAGGAGCGGAACACCAUUAAGUUGGAACAGAAAAUCACCAUCCCGGUCGUUCUCCGUUUACUCUUUUUUCCCUUUCCGGGUACCCCUGUGUCUCUUAAGCAAACUCCAAAAAAAAAUACGUUGUUGACCGAUCCCGUCCCCCUCUCCAAAAAAAAAAAGACAGCAACCGAGGGAAAAAGAAGGAGGAGGAAGGGUUGUCAAUCAUUUGCUUGCUUUCGCCAUUGUUUGCUGUAUGUGUGUGUGUUCAACCUUCACCACGGCGUGACGCUGACAGUGGACGGAAGAGAAGUGUAUAUAUUAUUCAGCCUUUCUUCUCUCUUUCUUUGCCGUUAUAUUGGUAGCUUUAGCUCCUCUCAUUUUACUAGUGUGUGCGCGUGUGUGUGUGUUUGUAGGUUCUAUUAUUAUUGUGUAACAUCUGCUUUUGUUUUUUUUCCUCUGAACGUUUCGUUUUAAUAUUUUCUAGUGCUGUCAGCCUCUGUGCUGUCACUAACGGCGCUUUUUUUUUUCUGAACUCGCAUCCUGAAAGAAGAUUUGCUGCUGCGUGGCAGGCGUUGUUUUUGUUUUCAACGAGAGAGGCGGAGCUUACAUCCUCUCCUUGAUUACUGCUGCUUCUCUCCACCACUGUCUUUUUAUUGUCUUUUUUGUUUUUGUUUUACGAGCAGCAUUUGUUUAUUUACUUGUGCGACUUUCUUUCAUUACUAUUACUUCUAUUGUUUUGUUGCUGGGAGCGAGACUCUUCACAUUUUACGUGCUCCUCCUUUUUUUUUUGCAGCUGGCGGGCUGUUCCUCCCUUCCAGAAACCUGCCAAACUCCUGUGGCGGCCUUCUCUUCUUCCUGAGAAAGAGAAUUUUCUUCCCCUUCCGGCUCAGUAGCUCCUUCCGACCUGAAAGUAGAUACUUUUUUUUCUGGAAUUUCAGCUGCGGCUCUCAACUCCCCGCUUGACACAUACUGGAAAGCGAAACAGCGAAAUCAGAGCUUCUUGAAGAGACGACCACUCAGCACAGUUUUCACGCGGUCUUUCUUGAACGGUGUCCAUAACAAAAAAAGAAUCAACAGUGCCUUUGAUUGUCACUAUGGCGGACAAUCCUGUCAUUUCAGAUCGGCGGUUCCACACCUCCGACUCCGGCGAACUUCGCCACAACUCCAUACACGACCGCGGCAGCAACCACAGCAGCUCGCCCGACGACAGCGACAACGACGAUGACGAGCGCCAGCAGCAGCCGUCGCAGCAGCAGACGCCGACCUUGAGCCUACAGAAGCCGCCACUCGUGCCUGGGAGCGAGGUGCCGAUGGUGUCUGUCCAGGUAGUGGAUCGUCUGCGCUGGUGGCGCACCCGGCGUGUGCGAGAGCAGCCGCUCCCGGUGCACCACUACGUUUUUCGUGGCAACUACACGAACUACUCCUCCUUUGGCACGCGACCACUCGCACCGGGCUUGUCACGGUUGCUGGAGAAGGCACGCCGUGUGCGGGCGGAGUACCAGCGACAACAGCAGCUCCUGCAACGCCAGCAGCUGCUUCUGCGAGAGGCGAGCAUCGCAAACAGCAGCGUCGACGACGCGGAUCACAGGCACCAGCAGCACCAGCAGCAGCAGCUUACACGGGAGGAAUCGGAUCUUUUAGACAACAAACGCGCUUCGAGCACCGCUGUUUCGGCCUCCGCGGCUGCCGCGACGCCGCUCCUCACCCCACCCGACUCCAAUACCCACCCCGGUGCAAAUCGCGACGCCCAACAUGCGGGGACCUCUCCAAACGAUGCCGCGCCUCCUGCCGUCGCGGUGCCUCCUCUCAACAUGGCUGCCAUCGGCUCGAGCUCCGGUUCUGCGUCCGUCACCUCAACGAACUGCCCCACCGCACAGGAGGUGCACGAGGCAGAGCGCCUUCUGCGCCUUUAUCAGCCACGCGCCGCCUCCCUGCCGGUGCGCUUGCGACAUCAACGCCGUGUGAGGGGCUACGGUGGCGUCUCCGCCGGCGCGCAGCUGGGCAGCGGACACGGCGGUGCGGAGGAGCACACGUCACAGUCCAUUCACCUUAAAGGGGAGCCGACCUCUGACGAUAUGACGGAGGUGUGCGGUGCGGCGGUGGCAGCGGACAGCGUGGUGGUGCUGCACCAUGAGCCGCGUCUCGUCAUCUAUGGAAGGGAUUUGAAUCCCCGUGCAGCGCUGCGUGCGGCACGCGUGUCUAGCGAUGCCCUCGAGGGCUUGCGCGACGUCGCCGCGGAGAACUCGGCGGAGGUUUUCGCACUGACCAACCUGCCCUUGAGAGGGUUUGAGCGCUUUUUCUAUCAACAGCAGCUGCGUGAUGGUCGACAGGGUGAGGCGUGUGCGCUAUCUGCCGUGACGGACGCGAUGCAAGACAGCAGCAACAAUGCGAACAACAGCAGGGUAGAGCUCCCUGGUGCCACCGUGCCCUCUGCGCCGCCUGCAAAUGAGGAUGGCGACGAUGCCGCCUAUCCACCUGGCUACGGCGUGGUGAACCGCGAAGACGCUCUUUACUUCGGUGCGCCAAUGACGAUCUCCAGUCUAGUGUUUUCGACGCGCCCGCAGAAGCCGGCGCUGCCGCCCGCCACCGGACUGCGGCAACCCGCCCACCAACCACCAGACACCUCCAACAGAAGCGCGGAGCCACCUCAUGGGGUGGCCAGUCGGACGGACAACAAAGGCGACAGUACACGGCGUCCUCGGCGGUGGACCUCGUUGCGCGCCGUCUCGGUGCCGUGCCUGCCACGGGUGUACAAGAGUGGCUGCCCGCAACUUCUCUUCCCACACGCCGUCGCCGCUGCUGCUGCCUCCUGCGCCGAGGCUACCUCGGUCUCCGCGACGGCAGCAGAGGCCCCAGCAACAACAGAGCGUGGGCGCAGUCGUGCGGGACAACGCGGCGGCGACCGCCACCUCCUUCCCUCGGCGCUGCGCUCCGGUGACAGGCUACAGGAGGGGGUCCAUUUAUGCCACCGCGUCGAUGACUUGCAGGAUGUUUACGCGUUUAACCCAAUCUUUGACGCCCUCGGCAAAGGCGCCUUCUCCAAGGUGUACGCCGCAGUGCCCAUUCUGCGUGGCCGUGACGGCAUGCAGCGCUUUCGCACCCUGGAUGACACGAAUUGCAUGUCCACUGCUGUCACCCCUACCAGCAGUCCAGCCGCCCUGAACAGCCUUUCCCCUGACGCCGCUGCUGCGACGGCUCCACGGCGCACGCCGCUGCGCGUGGUGCCCGUUGUCGCGCUGAAGGUGAUUCCCCGAAAGGCCCGCCAGAAGGCGCGAGGGGACUUUGUCGACUCCCCCGCCUCCGCCGCACGCGCGCAGCAUCCACCGCCGCCGCAGGAAUCCACGAACGCCAACAACAGCGUGCGUCGGGAGCUCGUCGAAAUUGAGCGUGAAGUGUCCAUUUUGCGACGGCUGCACCACACAGGCUGCUCCCACUUCUAUGAGGCCCUCCGUUCGCCAGAUGCCUUUGCCAUUGCCAUGCGCGUCCACCCCGGCAGCAUGGACGCCCGUCAUUACCUCUCUCGCUACGGGCCGCCGUCUGAGGCGCGUACGGCGGUGGUGCUCUUCCAGCUCGUCUCCACCGUUCACUAUCUGCACACCAACUUCGGCCUGAUUCACCGCGACAUCAAGUUGGAGAAUUUACUCUUUUCAGAAGUGGACACCGCGGUGUCGACGGCUCGGAUGUGCGAGGUGCUCGGCAACGCGGUGCACAAGGCAGAUCCAGCGGCUGCUGCUACAGGGGAGGACUCCUUCGCCGAGCGAUGGAGCUUGCCAUGCGCGAUGCCACUGCAGGACAGCAAGGCAGCGGCUUCCAUUGCGUCCAAGGCGCACGAAGUCUCACGUCUGCUGCGUGUGACGUUGAUUGACUUCGGACUGGCGCGUCGCACCCGGACAGCGGGGGUGUCGGCUAGCGUGUCCCGCCCGUGCGGCGAUGGCACACGCAACCAGAGCUUCAGCGCGUCGAUCAACUCCUCUUCGAAUGUAGCCUCUGGCGCCGUGGCGGCAAAUCCUGUCGGGCCGGCCGGCGUGGGUACAAGUGGCUGCAACAAUACCGCUAACCUCCCAAGUCCGAACGUGCUAUCAGGAGCUUCCGUGGGUGCAGUGAGCCCCAGCGCUUCUUUGGCGCCCCCAGCAUCGACAGCUGCGACAUCAGCAGCAGCCUUCACCGCCACCCGCAGUGCCAACAACAGCUCCAGCGCGGUGCCGGCCACGCAGCCGCCUCUCUGGCCGCCACGCCUCUGCCGCAUCUCGAGCACCGCGGCGCACAACACGAUCGUUGGCGCUGGCUCCUCUCGUGCGGGCAUGCCGUCUCCUAUGCCGUCCACCGCCAACAUGUUCGCCCGCUUCCUGGACCUGGACGAGGAGUUGGAUGACGUGGAAUCUGUUGCGAACGGCGCGCCGACGGCCGACUCGGCCGGCGCAGCGAGGGCGAACACGGAGAUGGUGGUGGAGCGCUACGAGGCCUCCAUCACCUCCCCGCACACCGUCAACUCCUUCCGGCGACCGGGCAGCCGCACCGACUUCCCCGAGGAGGAGGAGAGCGCCGCCUCCAGCACCGACGUCAGCGCCUCGGAGACUGACUCUGAGUCGGACCACGGCGACGACGGGGAGGAGGAGGCGGCGAGCGCGCGCGGCGAGGCGGCUUCGACGGACGAGCCUGCGACGAUCACCCUUUUUGCACAGAUGGUCAGCGACCAGAGCGGUCCGACGUCGAUACUCGUGGCGGCAGCACAGCCAUCGCCGGCACUGGUGCCGAAUGCCGUCUGUGAGGAGCCGUUGGAGGAGCGACGCAGUGGCACGUGUGGUGGCGUCGGUCGCAGCAGCGCGAAUGCCUCGAACACCCCAUCUGCGCUGCACCCCCGCCUUCCGCCCCCGCAGCACAUUGCGCCACGCGACGACACAGAGGCGACGCUGCUGCUGACGCCGUGUGGCACGGAGAAGUACCUCCCGCCGGAGGUGCUGUCGUGGGUGCUGGAGCGUGGCUGGACCCGUCGCUCCACCACGGUGGGUCUCGCUCGUGCCAUGGACAUGUACGCGAUCGGCAUCGUCGCAUAUGUCUUGCUGAGCGGCUGCUUCCCGUUUAACGCGUCGUCGCGGGCGACCCUCCUGCAACAGCAGCAGCGGGUGCCGCGAUGCAACAGCGCGCGGUGGUCCGGCGUGAGCGGCGAGGCGAUUGCGUUUGUGCGGCGGCUGCUCGAGCCGAACCCGCUGAAACGGAUGUCGGCGAAGGAGGCCCUGGAGCACCCGUUUUUGCUGGAUGCGCGGCAUCUGGCGGAGAAGCUGUCACUGGUGCCACACGGCGAAGGGGCGGAGGUCUCGCGCAGCGGCGACGACGGCGGCUCUGGUGGCGGGGACGCUCCGUUUGCCGCUCGCACGAACGUUGUGAACAGCAGCAGCAGCCGUAAUCUGAGUACGCAUGGCUUGUUCAGUCCCAAUAGCAGCAUGCGCGCUAUCUGGUCGGCGACAGCGGCGCGUGGCCUGUCGCAGCCACCGCUCGCCACCUUCACCGAUCGCGCUCACAGCGGCGCCAACGGAGGCUACCACCGCACCUCCAGCCUCGCUUCCCCGGUAAAGAGCGGCAAUCAAACCACUUUUAAUAUGCCGUGCCGGUCCGCAUUUUCAAAAUCGUCCACGCCAGACGCGUCGUUCAUGACCGUGUACCCUGCCGGGACAGCCGCGUCAGGGGGUGGUGAGGCAGAGGCCACGGGAUCCGCAGCGGCCGCCCCUGCGACGGGCUCUGCUGUUCUGCCCCAACGAAAAACCGCCGCGACGACUCCCCUGCGCAGCAACACUAGCCGCGACGGCGGGGAGGCCGUUUUAUUACACAGCGCGGACAGUGCGCAGCCCGAUGUGUUUACUGUGAUGCCGCGGGUGGUGCGGGGGAGUAGCAAACCUCCUAUGAGGGAAGCGUAUUACGAAAGGUCGUCUCCAACGCCACCACACUCACCUUCUCCGGUGCCGCCUGUCGUGCAUGUCGCACCGCCCGCUGUCGCUACUGGUGCUGCUGUUGGGGCCAAUGCAGAAGCUACGGAGCACGCCGCUGCUGAAAUACCUGUCACGUCACCAGUGGCCAAGCCGUCGCCGUCAAGCGUUACUUCGGCCACCACAUCUGACAUGAAGACAUCGGUGACUGCGGCGAAAGUGGAGUCUCCAGCAUCACCGAAGCCUUCGUCUGCGCUUGUAAAUCCCUCAAACGCGAAGAGCGGCGGUGACGACUUGUUCGAAUCGCUGUACCACAAUAUCAUGUUGAGUGACUCAUGA